AUGGGCCGAAGUCGAAGCCGCAGUCUGCCGCGCGACCGUCGCCGCCGCUCUCCGAGCCGAAGCAGGAGCCGCAGCCAUGGCUGGAGGCCGAGCAGACGCAGCAGGAGCCGCAGUAGGAGCCCCGUCGACCCCCGGCGUGAGAGCAGGAGGCGCAGUCGCUCCCGGAGCCGCAGCAGCGGGUCCUCUCGCUCACUAGACGAGGAGGAGAGGCGCCUCAAGAGGCACAAGAAGCACUUGAAGAGAGCCAAGAAGGAGGAGAAAAAGCGCCACAAGAAGCACAAGCACAAGAAGGACAAAAAGGAGCAACUGGAAGGAGCGGAGGGCGAAGGAUCUCCAGCAACAACGAAGCUCGAACAGGUAGACGAGAAGCAGCAGCAGCAGCAGGAGAAGGCGCCGGUAGACGCGAGGAGUUUCUUCGAGCAGCUGCAGAAGCGGGAGGCGGCGAAGGAACCCGUGGGUACAGCGCACGCGUGCGGUUUGCCCGCUCCUGUGUCGGCGACGGCCAUCACGACGUCGGACAAGUGGGAGUGCAGCAAGGCUGGCUGCGGUCACAUGAACUCCAAGCACGCGUCCGCCUGCAACAAGUGCGGCGCCAUGAAGCGGCUCACCGAGUGGCGCUAG